AUGCGCGUCCCAGGUAUACUGCAGUCUCCGCUACUCGAUCGCAUCGGCGGUUCCGCCCGUAUCCGAGAGCAGCUUGUCGAUGCGUUGGCUGCCGGCCAAGGCGUGACAGCCAAGGUGAAGUGGCUGAACACAAGUCGAAGGAAGAACCAGCGCCCCUCCCAAAAGAAGGCAAACAUCAACCAUCCCCUUGAAGCACAUCUGGAGGCUGAUGACGAUGUCGACACGGUCACGGAACCAGAGCCGGCCGGCCGAGCACGCUGGCUACACUGCACACCGCUAGCUGGUUCAAAUGGUAAAGUUGGCGUAUGGAUGAUCGUCAUCGUGGAUGACGAGGAAAGACCGGCUCGUCCGGUCGGCAUCGUGGCGCCACCUGUUGCGGCCCCGGUCCAACAACUUCCUCGCCGCCCGGCGACCGCUGCGUCCGGCCCGAGUGCUAUAUCCGACAUGUCUUUUGCAAUUGACGAACGCAGCGAUAUUGACUCGGCGCACGGGCAAGUCGGCGCCCAAAAAUCAGUCAGACAUGCUGAGAUGAGGGCUAGAGAGGAAGACGAGCGGAGUUCUUUGCACAGCCGAGGGUCAGCCUUCACUGUGAGGAUUGGAGAGGAAUAG